CAAUCCCCAAACUUUCCCUGCAUCCAGAUUCAAAGAAGGCGUCUUCAUAAACGCCUUUCUUUUCCAUUUCUUCUUCCUCUCUACGCUCCUAUUACCUCGUUGCAAAUUCGCUAUUUUUAAUCUGCGAAAAUGAGAGAGUGCAUCUCAAUUCACAUUGGUCAGGCCGGUAUCCAGGUCGGAAAUGCUUGCUGGGAGCUCUACUGUCUCGAGCACGGCAUCGGGCCCGAUGGUCAAAUGCCAAGUGACAAAACAGUUGGUGGUGGUGACGAUGCUUUCAACACUUUUUUCAGCGAGACAGGUGCUGGAAAGCAUGUUCCACGUGCCAUCUUUGUGGAUCUUGAGCCCACUGUGAUUGAUGAGGUGAGGACUGGACCUUACCGCCAGCUUUUCCACCCAGAGCAGCUCAUCAGCGGCAAAGAAGAUGCCGCCAACAACUUUGCCCGUGGCCAUUAUACCAUUGGGAAAGAGAUCGUUGAUCUGUGCUUGGACCGCAUCCGAAAGCUUGCUGACAACUGCACUGGUCUCCAGGGCUUCCUGGUCUUCAAUGCUGUUGGUGGAGGAACUGGUUCUGGUCUUGGUUCUCUCCUGUUGGAGCGUCUCUCUGUUGAUUAUGGCAAGAAAUCCAAACUUGGUUUCACUGUCUACCCCUCUCCUCAGGUCUCCACCUCUGUUGUUGAGCCAUACAACAGUGUCCUCUCCACUCACUCUCUCUUGGAGCACACUGAUGUUGCAGUGCUUUUGGACAAUGAGGCCAUUUAUGACAUCUGCAGGCGCUCCCUUGACAUCGAGCGGCCCACAUACACUAAUCUCAACCGUCUUGUUUCUCAGGUGAUUUCUUCCCUGACUGCUUCCCUGAGAUUUGAUGGUGCCCUGAAUGUGGAUGUGACUGAAUUCCAGACCAACUUGGUCCCAUAUCCCAGAAUCCAUUUCAUGCUUUCCUCCUAUGCCCCAGUUAUCUCUGCCGAGAAGGCUUACCAUGAACAGCUUUCAGUGGCUGAAAUUACCAACAGUGCUUUUGAGCCAUCUUCCAUGAUGGCUAAGUGUGAUCCUCGCCAUGGAAAGUACAUGGCCUGUUGCCUGAUGUACCGUGGUGAUGUUGUGCCUAAAGAUGUGAAUGCUGCUGUUGCCACCAUCAAGACGAAGAGAACCAUUCAGUUUGUGGAUUGGUGUCCUACCGGUUUCAAGUGUGGUAUCAACUACCAGCCACCUACCGUUGUUCCUGGUGGUGACCUUGCUAAGGUGCAGAGAGCAGUAUGCAUGAUUUCCAACUCCACCAGUGUGGCGGAGGUAUUUGGUCGCAUUGAUCACAAGUUUGAUCUCAUGUAUGCCAAACGUGCCUUUGUUCACUGGUACGUGGGUGAGGGUAUGGAAGAAGGUGAGUUUUCAGAAGCUCGUGAGGACCUUGCUGCUCUUGAGAAGGAUUACGAGGAAGUGGGUGCCGAGUCCGGUGAGGGCGUAGAGGAGGACGAGGAGUACUAAAGAAGCUAUUUCAGAUUCUUGUACUAUUUUCUGUGGUGUUUCAUGUUCAGUUAUUUUAUUUUGAUGCAUGCUUCGCUGUUCAAGUUCUGGACUUAAUGGCAAUGUUCAUGUUUAUUUUGUUCCGCGAGUUCAA